GAAUUCGGCUGCGAAUUUGUUGAAACGGGCGUCCAAGUGAAGUGGGCUACCCGACCCGCCUGGACCGAACCCACUCCCCGAACCCGCCACUUCUGCAGCUCCGCCGGCGGCGGCGGCGGCGGCGACCGGGGGGAUGGACAGAAUGCGAUGACGCACGCGGAGGCGAAAAGGCUGAUGAGGCUGGUGAACGUGGAGGAGCUCAAGGAGAAGCUGGGCGUGGAGAGGAAAGAGGUAAUUCCCUACGCCGAGCUUUUGAAGGCCUGUGAGGGCAUCGGCGCGGCUAAUUCGGCCGACGAGGCGGCUGCCUUUGCCAGAGUCCUCGACGAGGCCGGCGUCGUUUUGCUUUUCCGGGACAGAGUCUAUCUCCAUCCGGAUAAGAAAACUCGUGCAAAAGACGAGCUCAGAAAACUUGAGGAGAAAAAGGAGGAAAUCGACAUGCUGGCCCACAAACAGGUCCGCCGCAUAUUGUGGGCCGGGCUGGGCCUUGCUAUGGUGCAAGUCGGGCUUUUCUUCCGACUGACCUUUUGGGAAUUAUCUUGGGAUGUAAUGGAGCCCAUUGCAUUUUUCACGACCACAAGUAGCAUAGUAUUAGGCUAUGCUUAUUUCUUGUUCACCUCAAGGGACCCGAGCUACCAGGACUUGCUCAAGAGGCUCUUCCUCUCGAGGCAUAGAAAGCUCGUCAAGAAAUAUAAUUUCGACAUUAAGAGGUUUGUGGAAUUGCAGAGAAUGACCAAAUUGCCCCUCGAGUCGUGCGCAGCCAUCAAGAGGCGGACGGGUAGAAUUGGAUCCGGAGGACCUUUUACACAAUCAUUGAUUUUUCCGGGGUUUUAUUUUAUUGACACGUUUUUGCUGGUGUUUUUUCGUUAUCUUUCGAAAAUCGAUCAAAAGCUUUCGUCUUUUUUUGUUCGAGGAGUGCUGAUGAUGGUGAUGAUAAUGAACUACUUACCACAUUCACAAGAAAAGGUCAGUUAUCAUGUUGCACAAACCGACCACGGCCUAUAUACCGAUUAUUAA